CAGAAGAAGCUGAUGACUUCGCUUGCCGAAGAUCCCAUAUGGCCGAAUCCAAAUUUGGAGUUUUGCGCCUUUAGACUAUAAAAGAAAUAAAUGCCACGAGUCCCACUGCCCAUAGGUUUUCCAAAUUAAACAAAACCAUACGCUGCCACCCGAUUCCAACUCCACUGUAUUUCAUGUUUCCCUCCCCAAUAGCAAGCCCAUUUCCCCAAACACCCCAAUUUCCAAACAAGAAAAGAAAAGAAAAUUCAAUUCCCCCAGCAACUGCUCAUUAUCGUUAUUCAGAUUUUGCAUCCCUUCCAGAAGCCACAUGAGUUGCCCCGCACUGCCCUUUUUGUCACCUCAUCCAAUAUGCCAAAAGAAUCCCAUGUUUUUUCCCACUUACCGGCACCAAUUUCCAUGUGAUCCCCAUCUACCACGAAUCUAAAUUCCCGUGUUUGCCUCCUUUUCUUUUUUCCUUUUCCAAACUCUUCAUGCUGCUCGUGUUCAAUUCCCUUGAAUUGCAUUUCCAUUUCUGAGAUUAUGAAGACGACGUCGCAUUCUCUGAGACUCUGUCUCCCGCUCGUUUUCUUUUCCUGCUUCUGUGUUGCCCAGCCGCGCGACUCCGACAUCUUGAUUCGGGCCAAGAAUGUCCAGCUCGUUGACCCGGGUGGACGGCUCGCCGACUGGGUUCAGACCGGCGACGACUCAGCUCCCUGCAACUGGACCGGCAUUACAUGCGACUUCAGGAAUCUCGCCGUUGUGUCCAUCGACUUCACCGGGUUUGGCAUCGGAGGGGGAUUCCCGGCGGAUUUCUGCCGGCUUCCGACGCUUCGGAGUCUCAUUCUCGCAGAUAAUAAUUUCGGCGGCCGCAUCUUGUUCCAGUUUAUCACUCCGUGCUUUCAGCUACGCCACCUGGACCUCGCCUCCAACAUGUUCGUCGGGGAGUUGCCGGAGUUCGUGCCGGAGUUUUCCAAGUUGCGGACCUUGAAUCUCUCCUUUAAUAACUUCACUGGCGAGAUUCCGGAGAGUUUUGGCCGGUUUCCCGCGCUUAAAACGCUUUGUCUCUACCAGAACUUGCUGAACGGUUCGAUACCGGCGUUCUUAGGGAAUCUCACUGAAUUAACUCGGCUCGAACUCGCGUACAAUCCCUUCAAACCAGGUCCGCUGCCUUCGGAGAUUGGUAACUUAACAAAGCUCGAAAAUCUAUGGCUUACGCAAUUGAACCUUGUUGGAGAGAUUCCGGAAUCGGUCGGUAAGCUCGUCGCACUCAAGAAUUUCGAUCUCUCAGGCAACCUUCUCUCCGGUACGAUUCCAGAUAGUAUCGGAGGAUUGAGAAGCAUAUGGCAACUUGAGCUUUACCUAAAUAAUCUCUCAGGUGAAUUGCCGGAGAGUUUAGCGAAUUUGACUUCUCUGCGCUACUUUGAUGCAUCGCAGAACAAUCUCACUGGGAAUAUACCGGAUAAGGUCGCCGGUAUGCAGCUCAUUUCGUUCAAUCUCAACGACAAUAGUCUGAACGGCUCGAUUCCAGAAAUUCUUGUUUCCAAUCCUAACCUUAAACAAUUGAAGUUCUUUAAUAACCGCUUUUCGGGUAAGCUGCCGAGAAAUUUGGGCCUCAACUCUGAUCUUGAAGAUUUUGAUGUCUCCGGAAACGAGCUAACAGGGGAGCUGCCACAGAAUCUCUGCCAAAGAAACAAGCUUCACAAUCUUAUCACUCUCAAUAACAGAUUAUCAGGAAGUCUACCAGAAUCAUACGGCGAUUGCAAUUCUCUCUCCUAUGUACGGGUCUCCAACAAUGAGCUCUCCGGAGAAAUCCCUGCACGUUUUUGGAGUCUCCCUCGGCUUUGGCUUCUUGAAUUAGAACAAAAUAGACUCCGAGGUUCAAUUCCUUCAACAAUCUCCCAUGCUCGCGGCCUCAAAAGUCUAUUAAUCUCCAGUAACAAUUUCUCCGGCCAUUUGCCUGCCGAGAUCUGUAACUUACAGGAACUUGUGGUCGUCGAUGUCAGCAGAAAUAAUUUUUUCGGCCAGCUGCCGUCGUGUAUAACCAAAUUGAAGAAGUUACAGAAGCUGGAUCUUCAAGGGAACUUCUUCUCCGGCGACAUCCCGAGCACUGUGAGCUCCUGGACUGUUCUUACCGAGCUUAACUUAUCUACAAACAGAUUCUCCGGACAAAUUCCGUCUCAUCUUGGAAAUCUACCGGUGCUAACGUUCCUGGAUCUCUCGGGAAACGCACUUUCCGGAGAAAUCCCGGCAGCGUUGACCAAGCUUCAGCUCAACGAGUUCAACGUUUCCGACAACGAACUAGAAGGCGAAGUGCCCAGCGGGUUCGACGUCAAGCAUUUCGUCCCUAGUCUAUUGGGUAACCCGAAACUAUGCAGUCCGGAUAUGAAACCUCUUCCUCCAUGCCCGAAAUCCAAACCCGAGAACUUACACCCGAUUCUGAUAUCCAUUUUAGCCUUCAUGGCUCUAAUUCUUCUAGCCUUGAUUCUGUGGAUGCUAUGGUUCUUCACGACCAAAACCGGAGCAUUUCGCGCCAAAGCGAAGCGCCUAUGGGACGUAACGGCAUUCCACCGGGUCGGAUUCACCGAGGUGGAAAUACUAGAAUCGCUAAAGGAAGAAGACCUGAUCGGGAUGGGAGGGUCAGGUCGGGUCUACCGGGUGAAGCUCAAAUCCGGACACACCGUGGCGGUUAAGAGAUUGUGGGGAGGUAACCGGAAACAGGAGACGGAGGCGGUUUUCCGGUCGGAGGUGGAGACGUUGGGAAGAGUCCGCCACAGCAACAUCGUGAAACUGCUUUUGAGUUGCAGCUUCGAGGAUUUCCGGGUUCUUGUUUACGAGUACAUGGAGAACGGGAGCUUGGGGGAUAUGUUGCACGGGGAGAAGGGUGGAGGUGGUGUGUUGGACUGGGCCAAGCGGUUGACGAUAGCGGUGGGGGCGGCCCAUGGGCUGGCCUAUCUCCACCACGACUGUCGGCCGGCAAUUGUUCACAGGGACGUCAAGUCCAAUAAUAUACUGUUGGACGAGGAGUUUGGGCCGCGCGUGGCGGAUUUUGGGCUGGCCAAGACGUUGGAGCACGAGGUUGGGGCGGGUGCGUGCGUCAUGUCGCAGAUCGCUGGCUCCUGUGGCUACAUUGCGCCGGAGUAUGCAUACACAACAAAAGUGAAUGAGAAGAGCGACGUGUACAGCUUUGGGGUGGUGUUGAUGGAGUUGGUGAGUGGGAAGAGGCCAAACGACCCCUCCUUCUUCUUUGACGAUGACACCAAGAAAGGCAAAGACAUGGUGCAAUGGGUCACUCAGGCUGUCCUGUCUUCUUCCCCUGGAGUGAAGCUGAAGAAGCUGGCGGACCCAAGAAUGAAUGCAUCAACAGGGCGCGAGCAUGAAGAGAUGGCCAAAGUUUUGGAUGUUGCCCUUCUCUGUACUGCCCCUCUUCCCUCCAACAGGCCCACCAUGAGAAGAGUUGUUGAAUUGCUCAGGGAUUGCUCCUCCUCACCCCCUCCCCCUAAACAACGCCUUACCAAACUCCCAUAAUUGGAAUUCACACCAACCUACCAUCUCUCUCGGUCCGACUACUAGCUAGGUGAGUUAAGUUUUACGUGAAGGAACCUUCAUUGCAAGUCUUUUUCCCUUUUUCCGAUCCUAUUUUCUUUCAAAAAAGAGAGUAAAAGUAAUUUAUAGAAGAAUAAAUAUUCAUUACAGAGGAUAAGGUAGUUGCCAUAAGCAUGUUUCAUGACGAAGAAAUUGUUGUCUAUGACUAGUUUGGGAUUAGUAUGUGUGUGUGUGUGUGUGCAAUGCAAGUUUUGUAAGAUUCAAAAUA